GAUGACAUCUUAGAGCUAGCUGCGCAUCUCCCUGACCUUGUCCUCCAAGCUAGUAACAGCAUCCAAGAUUACCCUGCCGUUCAGCAUGUUGAGAGUGUUGUCAUGUUCCUGGAUAUCUGGGGUUUUACCUCACUUUGUGAGAGACAUACAAAGCUCAAUCUUGGAGUUGAUAUCCUGACCAAAACCCUCAAUGACUAUCUAGGUCUCAUCGAGAAUGCUAUCCUCAAGAACGGUGGCGAUGUCGUCGAGUUUGCAGGUGAUGCCUUACUGGUAGUAUGGGAUGUUGAUUUAUAUGGCCAGAGAGCGGCCAUGGCUCGUGCUAUACGAUGUGCAAGACAGAUACAGAGGAAAUGCCAUGAUUGGACAACAGACUCGGGCAUCUCAUUGGCCCUCAAGAUAGCUCUGGCAGUAGGUCAAAGUUUCAUCACUUACGUUGGAUGUCGCUCGUGUCGUCAUUACAGCACUAGUGGGCCAGCCGUGAAUGAAGCUAAUAGAACAGAGAAGAGAUGUAGUAGAGGAAGUAUAGUCCUAAGUCAGCAAGCAUGGGAGGCCUGUCCCGACAGAACAGCUAUGAGUGUGGAAGAAUUACCCGAAGGAGAAAUAAAACUUUUGUCUGUCGAGAAAGAAUGGGCUGAAACAGAACUUGAUCCAGUCCGAAAAGAUUUUCAGACGCUCCAUGAUGCCUUGAAACAGGGACAGAAACUAGAGCGUGAGCCUCGGAUUCGGAAGAUUAAUUUCAAAUCUGUUCAUCGAUCCAAGAUGCGUCCCUUCAUUGCACCUCCAGUUCUUAGCAAGUUUGAUGAGAACCAGUCUCUUGACUACCUAUGUGAGAUGCGUGAAGUGACAGUCGUGUUCAUCAAUCUUCACAUGGACUCUGCGCAUGACCAUUCUACGUGUCUACAAUCAGUAUAUGAUAAGAUACAUACAUCAGUAUCACAGUUUCAAGGAAUGAUCAACAAGAUCUUUGAGUUUGACAAGGGUACGAGUUUCUUGGUAUUAUUUGGUCUACCAGGGUUUAAACACGAACAUGAAGCUUGCCAUGCUGUUCAAUGUGCAGGUCAAAUCAAAGAUGUUGUCAGUUCAAUGAUUGAAGUCAAGCAAAUCUCUAUAGGUGUAACUACUGGUAAAGUGUUCUGUGGAGUCGUGGGCCACAAUGAAAGACACGAAUAUACAGUGAUCGGACCUAAAGUCAACAUGGCCGCUCGUCUGAUGAUGCAUUAUAUCGGGAAGGUCACGUGUGAUGAAGUUACCAAGAAACGAUCAAGGAAUGACUCUAGAGGGUUCAUCAGGGUUGCUAACAAGGAACUCAAAGGCAUCAAUGAUCCAGGAAUGGUUUGGGAGUACACAGGAGCAGGGAAUGUUGACAACUCUAUUCCAGAGUAUGGACAUCCUUUACUAUCAUAUGUGGAGGAAUUUGAGCAGUGCUGGAAGUCACUAUGGAGAAUGGCUUCCCUAGCAACGAAUUCAUCGAGUACUAUCCAUCAACCAGCUAGGUUUAUAGUCAUUGGGGGAGACCCUGGGGUCGGGAAGACAAGACUACUACGAUCUGUCAUGGAUACAGCGAAGGGAAUGAAUAUGGCAGUAUACACAUGUCGACCUAGCGUUGGUCAGUCAAGUACACCCUACCAUACAAUCUGCUCUGUAGUACUCCAACUCCUUGAUCUCCAGGAUAUAGGGAGCCCUCAGGAGAGGGAGCAUAGGCUCCAGGAGAGAUUUGAAGACACAGAGCUUUUCUGGCAUCUUUGUCUUCUUAAUGACCUACUUGGAAUCCAGAUCCCAGUAACAGAUGAGAUCGCUGAUCUAUCUCAACGAGAGCGGACUCAGGCUCGUCAUGCCGUCCUUGCCUACAUCGUAUCAGAGGCAAGGAAUAGAGAUAGCGCAGGAACCCUCAUUGCCAUCGACGACGCACACUACAUUGACCAAGAUUCAUGGACUUACUUAGAGGCACUGCCAUCCAAAUACUGCCUGGUUGCUUUAGCUAUGGGAAGUUUCAGACGUGAUGCAGAGGUACCUAUCGCAGCCUCCAGGAUCCUUCAAGCCAGGAGCACCCUCCAUAUCAAGCUCCAGGGCUUGGAGCCACAGUGCAUGGAGCCUUUACUGUGUCAGCUCCUGGAGAUGAAUAGUGUUCCAAGAGAACUUACCAUCAUGCUAACCUCCCACCAGCCCAAUCGUAUCAACCCAUCUUGGGUAAACCAAUGUGUAUUCAACAUGCUUCAUCAUCAACAAUUAGAGCUAUACACUGAAGGAGAGAGAACAGUCUGUCGGGUAGCUAAGGGGGUCAGGCUUAUGGAACUGGAUAUCCCACCUUCUCUUAGAGGCUGUAUGAUAGCAUUCAUUGACCGUCUACCCGAGCUACAACGAACCACAGUCAAGAUCAUAUCCGUGGUCGGAACAUCCUUCACGGCGAACAUCAUAGCCCACCUCAUGCCCAACGUCAUCCAAGAGAAGAUAAACCCUACCAUCGGAUCACUCCAAUCUGCUGGCAUCCUGGUCUUCGGCAGCGGCGGAGCGUUGCCGACGGUGACGAAAUCAACGACGAUGACAGCAGGGUCACUUAGGUUCCAGUCUGUGACACUCCAGGAGACAGCUUAUGCACUCCUGCUGGAGAAACAAAGAAGAAAGCUCCAUGAAAGAUAUGCUACCUACCUGGAGAAUAAUCAUCUAUCUGGUAGGAAGGGGGAGAUCAGUUCUCCUGGUGGUCUCUCUCCUGCUGGUAUCAAGAAACUACUUGGAAUAAAGACCGACUCUAAACAAAAAGAUGACAACAGUAACAACAUACUUUGUAAGAAUGACGAACAAUCCUUACAGUCUGUAUAUCCACAACUAGUUACACAUUGGAAGAAGGCUAACAAUCUACAGAAAGCUAUUCAAUACAUGGUCUAUGGAGCAGAGUCGGCUGUGGCACUCGGAUACAACAUGCAGGCAAUAUCAUUCAUCUUUCAAGCUAAAAAGUUAAACCCAUCACCAGUGCAACUGCGACGAUUGGAUGAACUAGCUACCAAGGCCACUGCAAGUCUCCUCUUCACCAAGAGAAGGCGCUCUUCAUCUCCUGGUGGAGCAAAAUUCAAGUGGAGGAACAUGGCUGUGAAAGCAAGAAACUUUGAACGUUCACUCUCAGUUGAGGAAGAAGAAACAGACGACAAGGUCGAUGUCGGAGGAGUGGGCAUCGUUGACGUCUCUCCUGAAGAGGAAAUCAUCCCGUCUGAUCGCUAUCAAACCAUCAUGAAGUCUGCACGCCCUGAAUUCACCGAGGAACCUCCACCACCACCACCCAGCCGCCUCGCAGACGACAUCUCUCACAGAUGCAACGGGAAUGCAGAUACGCAUGCGCACUCUAUGAAUAAAAUGGCGGGAAAACUGGCGAAGCAGACGGUGACGACAUAUCGAAUAUCCAAAUAUUACAUCUAUGCCGUCUGCUCAGUGAUUGUAGCUUUCUGGGCAUACCUUAUCUUGAACAGAGCAAUAUCUACUGAAAGAAACUCAACAUGACCAAAAUGAAAAUAACUUUGAUCACCUUCUUACAAUGGCUGAAUGAUAGUAUAUGAAAUUAUUUUAAUUUUGUUGUAAAUAUAAUGUAAAUAUCAAAGCAAGCAAUAUAGAAAUUGUAUAUUUGUUUAGUGUCACAUUUUUUCAAAUGCAACCACUCGGUCUAAUAAUAUUUUCCUUGUGCUAUGAAUGCUCCUACAAUAAUGAUCAGAUACAAUAGAUCAGGGCCCCGUCUUACAAAGAUUGAUUGGAUCAAUUGCAACUCUAUGGAAAUCUAUCAGUGUCAUAAUUUUUUUACAGGAAAUUUGUAAAAUGUCCUUUGUAUACAAAGGAGAACACACCAAAUUGUCAAGAAAUCAAUGAAUUUAAGGAUAUACAUUCAUAUCUAGAUAUUUUUUUGAACAAACAUGCAUUUUAUAUGUUGACUUUGCUAGCUUUCCAUAGUUGCGAUUGAUCGGAUCAAUUGCAACUCUUUGUAAGAUUGGGCCCCAGAUUUUAAAUUGCAUGACACACUUUCAUACAUAAAUAGGUGAUUUCAAGUUGGCUAAUACGAUGGGUUUGGGCGUUAAGGGCAAGAAAGUAAGCUGCUGAACCAAGUUCCAAAACAGCCAUUUAGAAGAUGACAACUAAAUGUUUUUUCAAAGCUAAAUACCACAUGAUAUCAACCCUUCUAAUGCUUGUUAUACACCAACACCAGCAUUCAAUAACAUACUUGAAAUCCCCCAUUUCAACUAAAUUAAAGAAACUCCAGGUGUUACAAAUAAGAUUACUCAUAGACCAUUUCAAAGUGAUUUUUUCAUACUACAAGAAAUCCUGAUUGGCGAUCCAUCUUGAAAAAUUUUAAAUGCAAGACUGGUAAACAUGUACAUUCUAACAAAAAUAUAUCCUGUCUUUAUUUUGAGGGUUUUUCAUAUAAAAAAGCUAAGAAAAUCUAAGGGUAUGAGGAUUUUAAGCGUCAACUGUAUGUUAGUAGUAUUCAAUCUUGACAAAUGGCAUAACAAAUGGUCCAAUUACAUUUCUAUUUCAAAAGACAAUUGAAAAAUAGGAAAUUUUUUUGUUAAACUGUGCUAAAAUGGACAUAAUUACUUCAUUAUCAUAUUGAUACGUUUCAGUGAAAAUUUAAAAUAUGUAUGUACUUAUUGCACUGUGUGCUUUUAGGAAACAAUAUUUGUUUCAUGUAUAUAUAAUGGCACCCUGAGAGUAAUAUAUUAUCCCCUGCAAGUAUGUCUUCCAUUAAUGCCAAUCAAAUAUGAUAUUUCAUGUAUUGAACCUGAAUGUGUAAAUAAUUGUUUUUAUUGAAUUCAACAGGAAUUAGUUAUUCAUUCUCUCUUCAUUAUUGUAUUAAACCAGAUUUUAAAAGUGUA